AUGACUUAUGUUGAGACGAGUAGCUUAUAUUAUGGAAAUGAAAAAAAGGAAGGUAAUAUAAAAGAGAAUAGAAGAAUAUGGCGAGUUAGUUUAAUUAAAAUAAUAUUGAUUGUAUUAUUUUUGUGUUUAUUUAAAAAGAAUGAUGUUAGUUUAUUGAAGGAAAAAUAUUUUUAUGAAUAUAAUAAUAAUGAUGAAACAAAAUGGAUAGCUGCUCUUUUUAGUAUUAAUAAUUUUGUUAAAGAAAAAUGUGGGAGUUAUAUAUAUAUGUAUAUUUUUAAUAUGAAAAAAGAUGGAAUUUUAAAUAUAGAAAAUAAUUUUUUAGAUACAUAUCAUAAUAAUAAUAAUUAUUAUAAUCAUGACACGUGUUAUAUAUGUAAUAAAAUUAAUUAUAUGAAAAUAAAUAAUUUAUAUAUCUUUGGUGCUAUGUCCUCAAAUGUUAGAAAUAUAAAAGAUGUUGAUAAUUCUUUUAGUGAAAAAAAAAGAUAUAGAAUAUUACAAGAAAUAAAAAGAAAGGAUGCGAGAGGAAAAAGAGAAGAUAAAGAGAGAAAUGAAUCAUAUAGUGACAAUUCAGAUAAUUCUGAUAAUUCUGAUAAUUCUGAUGAUUAUGAUGAUUAUGACGAAUUGGACGAAUUUGACGAUUCAGAUGAUGGUAAUAAAAACCAGAUGCCAACAGCUUCUAACGAAGUUUCUGAAGGUAUAAUAUUUUUUUGUUUUAUCUUCAUAUCAGCUACUAUGUUACAAUUUAUAUUAUCAAAAAUUCAUAAAUUUAAUAUCCCAGUAUCAGUUAUAUGGUUUUUAUAUGGAAUGAUUACUUAUGUGAUAGCUAAAAAUUUCAAUAUGUUUGAAGAGAAUACAUUACAUAAAUCUAUAAUUAAUGCUAGAAAUAUUGAUUCUUCUGUUUUAUAUUUUGUUCUUUUACCAAUAUUAUUAUAUGAAGCUACUCAAGAUAUAAAUUAUUAUGCAUUUAAAAAUUUUUUAUAUGGAGGAAUAGGUUUAGCAGUUGUUGGUGUAGGUUUACAAGUAGGUAUAUUAGGUAUAUUAUUUUAUUAUUCUUUUAUGUAUAGACAAGAACAGAGUCCUUUAUCUAGUAGUUUUUUAUUAGCAUCUAUAUUAUCUUCGACCGAUCCUGUAGCAGUGUUAUCUAUAUUAGGUGUUGUAGAUGCCCCGUCAAAAAUAAGUUCUAUGUUUCAUGUAGAAUCUUUAAUAAAUGACGGUAGUUCCGUGUUAUUAUUUCAAUUUUUUUUUUAUUUAACUAUAGGAUAUAAAGCGAAUACAUCUCAGUAUGCUGUGUUGUUUGUGAAAUUAUUAUUUUUAAGUCCUGUUUUUGGUAUUGGUAUGGCUAUGAUUACAUUUGCUUGGAUAAAUUUAUAUAGAAAACAUUAUUAUAAUCAAUGUUUGGCAACCAUAACAAUGUGUUAUUUGUGUUAUUUUGUAUCUGAAUAUUAUUUGAAUUUAUCAGGUCCAUUAUCAAUUGUAUGUUAUGGUUUAUUUAUUAAUGCAUAUGGUCAUAUAGCUUUAGAUGAGAUAGCUCAAAGAAAACAUAAAGAAAUUGUAGAAUUAUUAGCAUUAAUGGGUAAUUCUAGUAUUUUUAUUAUAUCUGGUAUUAUAUCUUUUGGAAUGAUGGAGAAUGUAUUUAAAGAUAAUUUAUAUUUUUUUUUAUAUAUUGCUUUGACAUAUGUAUAUUUAUUAAUAGCACGUACUGUUAUGAUAUUAAUAUUUACACCAUUUCUUUCAAAAAUAGGAUAUGAAGUGAAUUGUAAAGAAAUUAUGUUAUUAAUAUGGGGUGGUUUAAGAGGUGGUAUUGUGUUAGUAUUAGGAUUACGUAUAGAAGCAGAGAAUAAAAUAAAUGAAAAACUAACAAAAGAGUUAGCUUAUUAUAUAAGUGGUAGUGUAUUAUUAAUACUAACAAUUCAAGGUUUAACAUUUGAAUGGUUAUAUAGAUUUUUAAAUAUAUAUCCUCCUAAUCCUUUUCGUAUUGUAUAUUUAGAAAAGGUAUUAAAAAUGAUAGAUUAUAAUUUUUAUAUAAGAAAAAAGAAUUUAAAAAAUUAUUGGCUAUUUAAAGGAACAAAUAUUUUACAUUUCUCUAGUAAAAUAGUACCUGAGCUAUAUUGGAGGAAGAUGAAUAAAUAUGGUGAGUUUGAUUUAAGAUUACCUGAUAUAUAUACAUGUCUUCAGGAUAUACGUACAUGUGACAUAUCUUUCUGGGAGCGAGGUUAUGACUCUCAGACUGUUAUAGAGAGUUUUGAUGAUUAUUCAUCUAAUGAAAAAAAAACCAGGAAAAAUAAUAAAGCUGAAAAGAGUGCAAUAUUGAAUUGUGAUAUGAAGGGUAGGAUCAUGAAUGAAGCUAAUGAGAGCAAUGAAAAUUAUAUUGUAUGUCAAAAGGAUGGAUUCAAAAAUAAGAGAGGUAAUAGUACAAAAAAUGAAAGAAAUGAAAGAAAUGAAAAAAAUGAAAGAAAUGAAAAAAAUGAAAGAAAUGAAAGAAAUGAUGAAAAAAAUGAAAAAAAUGAAAAAAAUGAAAAAAAUGAAAAAAAUGAUGAAAAAAAUAAACAAAAUGAUGAAAAAAAUAAACAAAAUGAUGAUAAUAAUAAUAAUAUAUAUAUCCAUACACAUAACAAUACAAAUCUUAGUAAAUUACAUUAUGAUGAAUAUUAUAAGAAAGGAAAAAAUUUUGAAGAUAAUGAAAGUAUCAAUUUAAGUGCUAAAAAAAGUGUAUAUGAAAAUUUGAGAGAUAAAAGUAAUUAUCUUAAUGACUUAACAGCAAAUGAAGAUACUAGUGAUGUAUAUAGUUAUUUAAAUAAAAAUACAUAUAAUAAUAUGAGUAAUAUAUAUGGUGGUUAUAAUUAUUAUAAUAAUAUAAAUAAUAUAAAUAAUAAUAAUAAUAAUAAUAAUAGAUAUAGAAGUUUAAAUUUUAUUAGUAGAAAGCUUAGUGUUGAAAAUACCUAUAAAGGAGAAAUGAGAAUUAAUGUAAUAAGAAAUAAUGAUAAUUAUUAUAGUAGUUAUGAUGAUGAAGAUCAUAAUUAUAAUAAUCUCAAUAGAUCUUUAUCAUCUAAAAAUUUCGAUCAUUUCAGCAAUAAUCUAAAUGAAUUUACAGAUAAUGGAUCAUCAUGCUCUGAUAAAGCAUUAGAUCAUAUAAAAAUAAAAAACUUGAAUGCAUUUAAUUUUGAUAAAAUAGCUGUAAAGGACUAUGACAAAUUAAUUAAAAAAAUGAAUUAUAGAGAAUUUAAAAGAGCAAGAACAGAGAAAGAAGAAAAUUUUAAUGUUAUAGAUAAUAUUGUUAAUAGUAAUAAAGAAACAUUUAAUCCGAAAUAUAAUCUUAGAUUAAUUGAACAUGCAACACAUUUGCCAAAGACCUUAAGUGAUAAUUUAUUAAUUAAAAGUAGUAUGGAACAGGAAGAUCCAUAUAGUAAAGAUCAAAAAAAAAAAAAAAAAAAAAAAAUAAUAAAUAAAAAUUAUGAUCCAGAUGAUAGAGAUAAAAAGAAAAAUUUCUUAUCAUUUAGAGUAGAUGAUAGUGAAGACGAUGAACAUAUUGAUAAUAAUAAUCCUGAUAGUAGCGAAGAAGAAGAUUUUAAAAAAAAUAAAGAAAAAAGUAUAAAAAAAAAAAAUAAUAAUAAUAACAAAAUACAUAACAAUGAUUGUAGUGAUAAUGAUGCAGAUGUAGAAGAAGUCGAAGUAGAAUCAGAUGAUAUAAGUAAUAUAAAUUAUGGUAAUAAAACUAAAGAAGAUGUAAACUUAUUAAAUGAAUAUAAAGAUAUAAAGAAAAAAAUUGAUGAUAAAAGUGAUUAUUAUGAUUCAAAAGAAAUUUUAAAUUUAGAUGAAACAAAUAAAGAGUUAAUUAUGAGCGAUAAUUUUAUAGUUAAAAUUCCUAUUGAUAUAUCUAAUGAUGAUAGAGAUAUGAUAAAAAAAAAAAUCAAUACAAAUGAAAAUACAAACACAAUCUCGGUUGAUGUUCUUUAUAAUGAUGACAAUAAAAAUAUAAGUAAUGACAAUAAAAAUAUAAGUAAUGACAAUUGUGAUAAAUGUGAUGAUAUUAAUAAUAAUAGUAGUCAUUAUAAUAAAGAAAAGGAAGCUAAUUUCAAUGAAUAUUUAACAUAUCAAAAUUUAUUUGCUCUACAGAAUGAAGAUAAUAAUAUUAUAAAUUUUUUUAAUAAUGAUAAAAAAUAUAAUUCAAAAAAAAGUUCAAAAAAACAUUCUUCAUAUUGGAAUAUUUCAACUAAGGCAACAAAUGGAAAGAGUCCUGUUUUAUUAAAUAAUGAAAUGGAUAAAAAGAAAAAGAGAAGUUUAAAAUUAUUUAAUAGAAUUAAUAAUAAAUCUUCUUGUAGUGCAUGUUCAGGGGGUUUCAAUUUUGGUCAGUGCACUUCAAAACCAAAAAAAUGUGAGCAUUAUCAUGAGCAUGUUCAUAAAUAUCAUACUGAUAAUAAAAAAAAAAAAAAAAAAAAAAAUAUAUAUGAUAAAAAAAAUAUGAAAAAACAAGCAUAUAAUGAAAACUCCUAUUCUAGUAGUAAUAACAUAAGAAAGGAUGAAAAUGAAAAUGAAAAUGAAAAUGAAAAUAGAAAAGACAAUUUUGAAUUUGAAAAUGAAAAUUGUAGUUUACCACGAAAUAAUACAGCUGAUUUUACUGCACAUAGAUAUGAUACUGAUCAAACUAUAAAUUUUGAAUGUAUUGAAGAAAUGUGUCAAAAAAAACAUGGAGGUAUACCUUUUUAUAGUUUUUUGAAGAAACCGAAAAUAAGAAUAAAAAAUAAAUUAUUUAAUGAAUUGAGAAGAGCUAGAAGUCAUGAGAGUUAUGUUAAUAAAGAAAAAGCUAAUAAGAAACGAGAUUAUAUUAAUUAUAAUACAAUGAAAAAAAGAAUGAUAAGAAAAGAAAGAGAAGGAGAAUUAUAUAUUAUGAUAUUUAAUACAUGUAGAGAAUUAUAUAAAAAAUUAUAUGUAAAUGGUUUUAUAUCUGGUGAAUGUUUAUUAACACUUACAUCUAUUCUAGAUUUAUCAGCUGAUUUUGCUAUUAAAAAAGUUAGAAUGAAUCCUAUAAAAGCAUGGGCAGAUGCAUUUGAUAAAGGAAGAAAACAUAAAAGAAGAAGUACAAGAAGAAAUAGUAUAGAUCAUAGAAAUGGAUUUGAAUAUGAAUUCCAUAUAUUAUUAUCAAAAUUAAAAAUUAACAAAAAAAAUUUCUUUUUCUUUUCUCCUAAGGUUAUUAAUAUUUUCCUUGUAUAUGAACACUGUAUGAAAGAUUUACAAAUUAUUUUGUCAUAUGUUGAUGUUCAUCAGUGCACAUUAGAUAAGGGCGGUAUCACAAUGAAACUAUUACUAGGAAAGAAUUUACUUAGAAGUUAUUAUAGAAAUAUAGAGCUAGCCAAAAAUCUAAUUCCUCAUCUUGUUAGGAAAUAUAAAGACGUUGUAAAAUAUUGCCUUAUCAAAAUAGGAACAGAUAUGUUAUUACACUUGAAAAAAACAAUUGUAAAUGAACAGGCAGCCAACGGACUACUCUUAUCACAAGAUAAUGAAAAACUCAAUGGAAUUUUUGAUGAGCAACAAGUCAAGAUUAAUAGAUAUAGACCUUACUUGCAUUAUUUUUUAAAAAAAAAUAUUCUGAAAAGGUUUAUAAAAUGA